AUGACUUUCGAUAUCUCCAAAUCCCGGGCGCGCUUCCCCGCACUUCAACAAGAUCAGGUGUUUCUCGAUAAUGCUGGAGGCAGUCAAGCCUUGGGCGAUGUGAUCGACUCCAUAACUCAAUACCUCUCCAAGACCAAUGUUCAGCUUGGCGCUUCUUACCAUACUGGCUCUCAAUCGAACACGAAGUAUGAACAGGGCUACCAAGCGGCUGCCAAGUACAUGAAUGCUGGCCGCGAUGAAAUCGUUCUUGGUGCUUCAACAACCCAGCUUUUCAUGAAUCUCGGCUCCUCGCUACAGUUUCCCUCAGGCUCUGAGAUCAUUCUCACAAAGAUGGAGCAUGAGACUAACGUCAAGCCCUGGCUCUUCAUGGCCGAGCGCCUCGGUUUGACUGUAAAGUGGUGGGCGUCGCCAAAAGAGGAUGGACUCAAACUCACAGCAGAGAACCUCAAGCCAUUGUUGAGCGAUAAAGUAAAGUUUGUAGCAUGUACACACGUCAGCAACAUUCUGGGAACGAUCCAUGAUGUGAAGUCUAUUGCAAAAGCAGUGCACGAGGUCGGUGCACUGUUCUGCGUUGACGGCGUGAGCUACGCACCGCAUCGUGCAAUUGACGUGAAGGAUUUUGGAGUUGACUUCUACGCGUUCAGCUGGUACAAGGUUUACGGCCCUCACAUCGCCGCGCUCUACGCCAGCAACUCGGCCCAACAACACAUGAAGUCCAUGAGCCAUUACUUCAACCCCACAAAAACCCUAGAAGACAAGAUUGGCUUCGCAGGAUCAAACUAUGAGUGUGUUCAGUCAAUCCCUACCAUCACCGCAUACCUCACCGACGCUUUCGAAACCAUCACCGAACAUGAAGGAAAAUUACAAAGCAUCCUGCUCGACUAUCUGAACUCACGCUCAGAUGUCACGAUCCUUGGGUCCACGUCGAGCGAUAACAAAGAAAGGGUGCCUACAGUGUCAUUUACAGUCAAAGGUAUGAGCAGCAAGGCAAUCGUGGCUGAGGCGGAGAAGAUCAGCAAUUAUGGAUUCAGGUGGGGGCAUUUCUAUUCAAAGAGACUCUGCGAUGAUCUAUUGAAGCUGGAGCCGGAGGGUGUGACAAGGGUCAGCAUGGUACACUACAACACUGAAGACGAGAUCAAGGGAUUGGUCGAGGUAUUGAAGAAGGUCCUUCCGCAGGUUUAG